GAUGUUUUUAAAGAGCAGUGCAGAUGUGGAUAAAACGCACAGAAGCUACAAGGUUUUUUUUUCAAUCGCAAAACUCUUCAAAGGUUCAUUUACGAAUAUGAAGUUCCUGGCAAUAUCUGCUAUUCUUUUAUUAUUGAGUUGGCAAUGUGAAUCUCAGACGACUGCGGGCACAGGUAAUUCAACAAUAACUAAUGUAACAGCUACAGGUGGCAUGACCAUUCCAGCUGCAAGUGGAAUGACGACCCCAGGUGCAGGUGUGACGACGACUCCAGUUGCAGGUGUAGCGACUAGCCCAGGUGCAGGUGUAAUGACGACAGCUGCAGGUGGCGUGACAGCAGUCACAGGUCAACCCGUAACGUCCAGCGGUGUAGGGACUACAGAUACCUCUAACGUUACGUCGGGAACGUCUGCAGUGACAGGCAAAGAUGUGAGUACAGUGGCACCCACAGUUUGUACAAAGGUAUGCAUGGACCCCCAGGACAAGCCUUGUGUGGAAUCAGACGCCAACUGUACCUGUAACGAAACGUGCAGCGAGGUGGGGAAACCCUCCCCGCAGUCAGGCGGACUGUCCGGCGGGGAGAUAGCGGGGGUCGCCGUCGGUGCCGUGGCCGGAGUCGUUCUGAUCGGAGCAGUGGCGGCUGCACUGGUCACGUGUAAGAAGAAGAAAGGAAGAUCGGUGUCGCCCAACUCUCGUACGGCUAUGGUAGAGGAGGGUAGCAAUGGAGAGCAACAGGUAGACGGUUGAACUGAAAGGAUAAAAAACACACACACACACACAAAUAAAUGAGGACUUGUUUAUGAUUAAUAUUUUUGGGCGUUCCAAGUGAUUUGUUAAUUGUUUAUCGACGACUUUUUGCGUGCGAAAUAGCUCCAAGAGUAAAACAUAGUGAGAUACAUAUGCUAUCUCACUCGUCAGUGUGUAUCUUUGUGACGUCUUUAGUUAAUAUAAAGAUGAAGGCCCAAGUUUAACUGUACUCGUGAGGACCUUAAAACAUUUACACAAGUCCAGAGACCGGUGACGACCUAAUUUGGACCGGAUAUAGCUGAGUUUGAUUAGAUACAUCUAGGUUAUUUUGAAAGAGAAAAGACAUAUUUUGAUAUUUUUGAUAUAAAUAUCGCAUCGGUUUAGAUGACUAGUUGGCAUGUAAUGUUGAUUUACUGGUCUAGUGUGUAUUAAUAUUAGUGAUGUAUCUCUUGAGAGUCAUCUUUGCUAUGUAAAUAUUGACAUUGUAUCUCAUGAUCAGCGCAUGUAUGAUGUUCGUUGAAAAUCCAGGACGUUGUUAUUAAUGAGGUCAUCUUUUCUAUGACUCUUUGGACCAUGACGGCCGAAACGGUUGCUGUUGAUGAAACAAUUUAUACACAGAACACGUAUGGCUUCCUUAUUAGUUGUUGACAGAAAGGAACAAAAACUCGCUAUAUAGAAAAGAUUAAGAAAACUUUUCACCGAGUCGGUCGGAGAUGUCAAAAGAUGAAGAAAAGAAACAUCUGAAUCAAGAAAUAAAUUGUGUCAAUUUUAA